AUUUUCUUUUUUAAUUGUUUGAAUGUCUUGUUUUUUUGCCAAAAACUGUCAAAAAACCCAUUAUUUUGUUGAAAUUGUCAGUUUCGUUUUAUUUUUCUAAGAAUUGCCUUUUUCGUCAGAAUAGCCGAAAUCCUAACUUCGCUGUAAAAAAAUUGUCAAAAAGUCUAGAUUUUUCAUCAAAAAGUUUCGAAAUUUCAUCAAAAAGUUUCGAAAUAAUUCAACGUUUCAAAAUUGAAUACACUUCAAAUUCGCAAUGGGUAAUUCUGUGUUUUUUUUGUGAUUUUUUCGUAUUGAAAUGUUUUGCUCUCAUUUUGUCACUUUUUUGGCUACUUUUUAAUUACUUUUUGAUUUCUUUUUCGAGCAUUUUCGGGUACAAACUUACUUUUUUGAGAGGAAAAAUUGAGUACGAGCCUUGCCCUCGUUUAACUCGAGUUUGUUCUCUGUUUACUUUUCAUUUUCAAAAUUAAAAUUAACAUCAUUCAAAAUUCUAAAAUUUUCAGUCAAAAGAAAUGAACAAAUUUUUUCAAACGUGGUUUUUAUACCUCUUGAAAUCAGACUUUUUAAAAGCUUUUGUCCUUGCUUUGGGCCAAUUUUUAUCUCAAAUCUAAAAAAAAAAACAGUUUGAUGCUUCCAUAUCCAGGUAAAUUCAAAUUAUGAAGAUAACAAUUUUUUAAUGAAUCUAACUUGGUGCAAGUAGCGUAUUACCUUUAUCAAUUGGUAAAAAUUGUCAUUUCAUCUUGAAAACUCGUCAAAAAUUUAGUAUUUUUUUCUUAUACCGGUCGGCCAAUUUUCAGUCAAUACCCCCUCCCUCCCUCCCUCCUUCCCAAUUCCACUCUUCUCACCCCCCCCCCCCCCUGGAAAAAUGUAUGAUGAAAAAAAAUUGAAAAAAAUAACUGAAAUACAUAUGUAUUAAAAAAUAAAUAUCUAUUUGAUAAUUGAAAAAAAAUUGUCAAAAAUUGUUUGUAAAAAAAAGUUUAAGAAACAAUGUAAAAAAAAAUGUAAAAGAAAAACAUUUGAAAAAAAAGAAAUAAUGAAAAAUAAAUGUGAAAAAAAAUCGAAAAAUUGAAAUUAAGAAAAAAAUUGAAAUAAAAAUUGAAGAGAAGGUUGAAAAAGAAGAAAGUUGAGAAAACUGAAAAAAAAUGAAUAAGUAGAAAUGAUUUAUUUUCAAAAAAAAGAGAAAUUCAUUAUUUUUAAAAUACAAAUUUUUAAAAAAUGUGAAUACUUGUAGAAGAAAAAGUGAUGAAAAAAGUUUGCAUAAGAAAAAGAAAGAAAGAAAAUAAAAAAUAAAAAAGAAAUUUCACUUUGCCUCAAAGUUGGGGUGGGGGGGGCUUAUUUGCUGCCUCCAAAAUAAUAAGAAUUCAUGAAUAACGACUCUCAAACUCAUCAUUUUCAUUUUAGAAAUUACAACAUUAUUACAAUAGUCCAGCAAUUACCCAUACUUCAAUAGCAGUUAAGAUCGUGAAAAAAAAUAUUUGAAAAAAAAACAAAAUAUUGAUAAAUUGCAAAAUGAAUUUUUUUUAUGUGAGUUGAAAAAAAUUGUGAAAAAAGUUUGUAAAAAAUGUUUAAAAUGAAAAAAAAGUGAUGAACAGCCCCAAAAACCCCCAAAAAGCCCUGAUCACGAUUUAGGUUUUGGGUCUCACGUUUAGGGCUUGGUUUUCACUUUUUCAGAGAAAAAGGUUUCGGGUUUUGGGACUUGCCGGCUUGGGCAUUCUGGCUUCAAGGAAAUGAUCAUUUGAUUAAGGCUUUUUCGUUUUUCUUUGGGUCCGUUUGGGUCCUACUCCUACUCCUACUCCUAUUCUCACUGAUCAGUAACCCUCCCUUUAUGCAGUUUUUAAUAAACUUCCGAUAGAGUUCAGCCACUCCGCGCACGUGGUUCGCAGUUCGCACCCUCGACCCUCGCCUUCUCCAUCUCAGUAUCUCACAAAUGUUUGAUCACAGUUUGAUUUGAUUAGAUGUUAAUGUUUUGAUUUAAAUAUUUUGAUCAUCUAAUUUUGCAUUUGUCUAGAAUACUUACUAUAGGUACCUAUUAGGAAUUGCAUUUUAAAAACUGUAUUGUGUAUUGUGAUAGUGAAUUGUUUUAAUAUUAAACGUUACACAGAAUUGUAUAAUUAAUUUAUAUAAUUUAUACCAAAUUUCAAAGUGUAAGUAGGUAUACGAAAGACAUGAACGAUUCAGAUGAUCGAAGUAAUCCAUACCGGUAUGUCAUCCACGCUUGAUCAGGACGCACAAUACGAUAGUGACCUAUUACUAAGGUACUUUUUGAAAUCAAUUCAGGAGCCAGACGUCACAUUAACAGAUAUUAUAGAACUCGAUAAGAAGAUGAUUAAAGAAUACAUCAUCAUAGAGAUGAAUCGUGCAUUUCAAAAAGUUAUCGAUGAACAGAAAUUUCCAUCAUGUGCAGCUAUCCCCGGAGUAUGUAAAGUGAAACUGUUAACACACCUAUGGAUGGAGAAAUUCCUUAAAGCAAAACAAAUUACAAAAGAUGGCGAUGAAAUGGAAGGCAUUCCACCAAACUGGUGUGAGUGUGAUAUGACGCACAGUGACUUCUGUUAUAAAUAUGUGCUGAAUGGUAAUCACUAUUAUAUCUCCUUCAUGGCCUAUACGUAUCGGAAGAGGAUUUCCGUGACACUGGAGGAUAUCGAAAUCAACGCACACGAGAAAGUAUCUUUCAACGAGGAGACUGAGUUGCCGAUCAAUUGCGACCCGGAAAACAUCGAAGACUGUGAUAAAAUAGAGGAAAUAGUUACACGUUUUGCUAUCUGGUUCAAGCCAUUCAUUCGAUGUAAAGAACUUGGCGAACUUCAACCCAGAAAACCCCGCGGUAACACUACUGCAUCAUCGUGAAAUAAUUUGUUUGAAAAUAUCUUUUUUUUUUUAAACGUGAAGAUUAUCCAUUACUAAUCUAAGUAAAUCAACGUUUGUACUUUAUAUCUAUUAUUUUUUUUGUCAAUUGAUUUACCAAUUUCUAAAUAUUCGUUGAUUUCCUUUCUCGAUGCCAAUUUCAAAAUAUGAAUUACGUAAUGUUUUACCAUAAGUAUUUAAUCGAAACGAUAAUUUUAUAAAAAGAUUUUCGAAAAUUACAUCUAUUUAAUAAGAAUGCUUCCGGCAUAGGUUAAUUAAUUUAAAAAAAUUGUCGUUUGCAUACGCAUACACAAAAUGCUGUGAUUUUACUAUGUGAUUAUACGAAUUUUAUGUACAGAGAUGAUUUACAAAUAUACAUGUUCUUUUUA